GUAAUGAUGAAAACGAAGAAAACUUAAAGCAAAUAGUUGGUGAUUCGCCAUCAAAUACACCACGUUCGGUCUCGUUCAUGUUGAAAAGAUGGAAAAGUUUUUAUCGAAAGAAGGAAACAUGCCACAGUGAACUGCGAAAGUCUCUGGAAACACUUGGAUUAAAAGAAUGCAUCGUCAAUGUGGCGCCUGCAAAAUACCUGUAUAAAGUUGAGCUACUUCGAAUUGCUUUCAACUUGCUGAUGAGAGAUGUUCUCCCAUUCAUCGACGCCCUCGGGAUGAACCCAAAACAAAUCACCAAGUAUAAAGCUUCAUCACCAGAGCUGGAAAGAGGUUCAUUUGGCCUUCUGCAACAACUCUGGAAAAGAACCCCCAAAUCUGACACUCACCGCCGCCGCGAUUUCUGCCUUGCUUUGAGAAAUAUUGGAUACGAGGGUUUAGCGCGAUCAGUCUAUUUAGAUUAUGAGCCGAGCCAGAGUGAGUUGAACUCUACAGUUUCUGUCCUAUGGAAUGCCGAGAGGUUGCAAAUCUGUACACGUCUUGAACUGGGUGAAGAUGAUCAAGCAGCAUGCCUCGGGACCGAGGGGCAGGUUAAUCUCGUCGAGGUUGUAAGGCGAUGGACACAUCAGAUUCGGCCCGUACCAUACCACUACCGACGUGAGAUAGGAACUUGCCUUCGGGCUGCAGGGAGACAGGACGUUGCUGAUCAGAUUUUAGCAGGGAGAAAAGGAAAGAUGCAAGCUGACGAAAAUGUCCUCAGAAACAUCUGCAGAAGAUUGGAAGCUGACAAGAUCAACAAUCUCUGCAAAUUACUAGAUCUGAAAAGAGGAAAGAGCCUGGAAGAAAAUAUCAUUUCCGUGAUCAAGGGGAUCAACAAGUGGAUCAACGACUUUGAUCCAUCUUCCUGGAAGUCGAAGCUAGCAGUAACACAGCUCAAACUAAAACACCGCAAAAAGAUAAACAACAAUAUGUUUUAUCUUGGGUGUCAUGAACUCGCGGAAGAGAUCAUGCAUUUAGAAAACGGGAUACUGUCCGAAUAACUCCCAUUGUCUUUUUAGGAAGUAAAGACCAUAUUCAAGCUUGGUGUGUGUAGAUACACCUUUCGUAUUUGAUAGCCAAUUUUGCCUAUGAUAACAUAUUUGAUUUAACUCCAUGGAUAAUGCUUCAAUUGCAUCGACCAAUUAAGUAUUGUUGUCAUUAAAUCAUAUUACCAGAUGUUGGUCCAAAAAAUUCACUGCCUUAUGAAAUGUGGAAAAGAUGACACAAAUAACCUAAGCAUCUUCAGUGUUACACGAGGGAUAUGCUUACUAAAGUGAUGGAGGUUCUUGUUAUUCAAACAAGAUUAUUAAUACGUACAGAAAGCAUUAAAGCAUGGGGUCAAUUAUAUUGAAGUUGAUGGUGAACAGAUUAUUGAUAAACGAAGAAUUUUAAUUGUAUUAAACUCUUAUUCGUGUAGGCCUACAAUCGGGCAAAAACGAUAGCACACUUCUGAUAAUUUGAUCACCUGCGAAAUUGGUUCAACGAAAUAUGACGAGCACUUGAAGGGUAACUUUUAGAAUUCAAUCUUUUUUUACGGCCUGUUACUGACACAGAUAUCAUUGAUGUGGUUUUAAAUUGUAAUGAAAUCAAAGUCCUGGUAUUUAAAUUUGUCCAUUACACAAGGUGAUUUCCCUGAUACUAUUGAAAUUGCAAAUGUAAUUUCCGUUUUUAAAAGUGGCAAUAAAUCAUUUUUUAAAUGAUUUAGAACAAGGUAUUUUUCCCGAUGCUACGAAAAUGUUGAAGGUAAUUCCAGUUUUUAAGCGUGUUAUCUCGUUUAGUAAAAUAUUUGAUCAUAUUUUAUGUGAUCAAUUGACUUUUAGAAAAGGUUAUAGUACUUACCAUGGUCUUCUUUAUUUCAUUAGUAAACUAGAGAACGCUUAUGAACUUAAUGAAUUUUUAAUUGGUGUAUUUUUAGACUUAUCAAAAGCUUUUGAUUAUGUUGAUCAUAAUAUUUUGUACUAAAUAACAUGUGGUACAUGAACACCGCCAGAGUCGGGGUGGUGGUAUAUGCAUUAUAUAUCGCUCUUCUUUGAACAUUUCUAGAGACUGCUCUAAACAAUUCUCAUUCUCAUCAACCGGAGUGUUGGCUCAGUCAGUAGA